AUGGUAGCGGCCUUCGAAACUCGCUUCUGCUCCUUCAGUCUGCAUUGCACUCGUGCACCGCAUAAGGAGACGGUUUUCAACGCGUCAUCGCAGCCACAAUACCGCUGGUAUCGGCUUAAGGAUUUCCUGCCCGACAACUUCUGCUCCUUCAGUCUGCAUUGCACUCGUGCACCGCAUAAGGAGACGGUUUUCAACGCGUCAUCGCAGCCACAAUACCGCUGGUAUCGGCUUAAGGAUUUCCUGCCCGACAAGUACUGCGGCCUUCCUCGUGCCUACGUGACCGAGGGGGGCGUCUACGCGCCUGCAAGCAGUGAGCUUGUAAAGUGCUGUUUUGGUUUAAGCGCUUCUGUGAUUUUAUACUCUGCUGGACUGCCCCACUUUUUCAACAUGCCUAACGACGCGGAGAAUCGAGAGUGUAUUGUGUGUCUAAAAUCUCUAGGUUUGGAUGGUCAGGGGCUGAAAUGCUCCGUCUGUAACCACUGUGCGGCUUUGGCGUCGUUGCAGUUAAUUUUAGGUCUAUUAGAAAGCAGUGACAGCAGUGACAGCGAAAGCAGCGACAGCGACGAAGACGACGGAGAUACAAGCUCCUCCAGCUCGAGUGACGACGAGGCAGCCGUUCUCGGCGAAGUGUUCGCCGAGACGUUCGCCUUGCCAGCGAAGAGGCCCAAGAUAACCCGUUAUGUCGAAGACGUUGUGCGCGCCUAUUCGGAUGAAGAGUUCCGACGCAACUUUCGCCUCCAACGGGAGCCCGCCUACGCCGUGAUCGAGAGGUACGAGCGGUCUGUAUAUUACAGGGGAUCGAUUCACGGAGGGUCCAACCCGAAAACCGCCCAAGUUUGCAUCCUCUCUUUUCUCUGGUAUGCUGGUAACAAAACCUGCAUUCGAGAUGUUGCAGGCCGCUUUGACAUGGGGGAAAGCACCCUUUCCCGCAUCCUGAAUCGUGUGGCUGAGUUCCUGUGCAGCAUUGCUCCAGAUGAGAUCCGCUUUCCUGACGAUGUGGCAGCCCUUGCCAAGGAUUUUGAGGAGGUUUCAGGCUUUCCUGGGGUCGUGGGUUGCGUCGACGGCAGCUACAUCGGCAUCCGGUGCCCUGACAACAAGGUGAAGUCAACAUAUGUCAAUCGACAUGACAAGACUUCACUGACGUUGCAGGGCAUCUGUGAUCACAGACGCCGCUUUGUGGAUGUCUUCACGGGCCCACCAAGCAAGAUUCACGACUCAAGGAUUUAUAAAUUAUCGUUUGUGUCGCGGAUCAUCCCAUUUCUAUGCUGCAUGGGCAAGUAUCACCUUCUUGGCGAUGCAGCAUACCCGUUGAGGGAGACUUUGGUCACUCCUUUUCGGGAUUAUGGGACAUUGACUAACCAGCAGAAGAGCUUCAACACUAAGUUGAGCUCCACAAGGGUGCUCAUUGAGAAUGCCUUCGGGCUACUCAAACAGCGCUUCAGGCAACUGAUAAACCUGGAGUUCCCGACAGUGCGCCGAAUGUCCACGUUUAUCAUUGCUUGUUGCGUCUUGCACAACUUGUGCAUUGAUGCUGGGGACACUGAAAUCCGUGAUGCUGAGGUGGAAGAGCUGAGGCGCCAGGAGUUGCUCAGGGUGGACAGCAGGGGCUCGCCCGAGGAGGACCUGCCGGGCGUCUCUCUCUCGGAUGCCGCACUCAGGGUGCUCGGACGCAUCAAUAGGGACAGGCUGGUCUCAUCCCUUUUCCCCACUGGUUGAGCUCCUCGCGCAGGCAUCAAGCGCUCAAUGGCGCCCUGAGGCAGCUCCUGAUAGCCUAACUAUGCAAGUGCCAGGCAUUGGGGAAAAACAUUUACCGUGUUUUUUUCACCGACAAACUAACUCUGUGUUUUUCAUCAAUGCUCACUCUUCACGCAAAUAUGGUGCUGCGGUCCGGAAAAGUUGCCAAAGUUUCAGACUUUGCCGUCGCUAUUAAAGUUAUCAGCAGUUUUCUGAAAUUUUCAUUGAGAAAAAGGAGUAUGGGGGGGGGGGGUCGGUAUGAGGCCCACGAAUACAUGGUAAUAAGGGGUGUCGGCUACCUAAAGCAAACUCCAUUUUCACAUCUAAAAUUAGCAAAAAAAUGACAUAACUUUAACAGAUAACAGAAACCUCCGUUUCGACAUCGAGCAGAGACCAAUCGUUCGGUGACGCAGUUUAUUUUUUGCGGUGAAAAGAACACUAAAUAUUUUUCCUUGGAAACAACUGUACAUGGGUAACUUACUCUGUCAUGAAUGUUA